AUGACGAACGCUAUCACCGUACCACUCUGGAUUGACGGAAAGGAGGUCAACAGCAGCACCACCUUUGCCAACGUCCACGGCAUUACCCGCGAGGCGUCCUCCAACGUCGCGGCUGCCGACGCUGACGUUCUCAACGCGGCCAUUGCUUCCAACAAGGCUGCCUUCCGAGGCUGGGCAGACACGCCAGCAUGGCAGCGUCGUGAUGUGCUCAACAAGUUUGGCGAUCUGUUUGCCAAUACCAAGGACGAGCUGUUCCGCCUGUACUCGACCGAGACGCCCGUCAGCGGUGUGAUUAUGGAGUCGGAUUUUGGAUAUGCCUUGUCCCACAUCAGGGAGGCUGCGUCAAUCUGCACUCAAAUCAAGGGUGACAUCCCCGUCACCGCAGACAACUCGCUCGCUCUCGUCCUCCGCGAACCUUAUGGCUGUGUCCUAUCAGUUACCCCAUUCAACUUCGCUGCUACGCUCACCUUGCGUGCGCUCGUGUACCCCAUUGCGUGUGGAAACACGGUGCUGUGCAAGGCGAGCGACCGUCUGCCGGGAUACUGUCUUGCCAUCGCCAAGCUUUUCAAGGAGGCUGGUCUCCCCGACGGUGUCCUCAACCUCGUCCAGUUUGACGCCAAGAACGUCGCUGCGCGUAUGGAGCAGGCCAUCAGCCACCCUGAUGUCAGGAUGAUCAACUUUACCGGUUCCGUGACUGUUGGCCGUAUCGUAGCCGGACUCUGCGGAAAGGUUGGCAAGCCCAUCCUUCUGGAACUCGGCGGCAAGGCGCCCGCCAUUGUGAUGCCUAGUGCCGACCUUGAGGUUGCGGUCAACAAUAUCCUCUUCGCCGCCAACGCGCACGGCGGCCAGAUCUGUAUGAGCACGGAGGUUGCUCUCGUUCACCAGGACGUUUACGAUCGCUUCGUCGAGGUCAUGCAGCGUGUGAUCGACUCGGACGUGGAUGCCCUUGGCGAAUUCUCGAUGAUCAACGCCGCGGGUGCUAGCAAGCCCAAGGAGCUCUGGGCCGACGCUCUGAGCAAGGGUGCAAAGGUCCUCACCAAGCACCAGCCCUCUGACCACGAGGCCAAGAUUGCCGCCACGGUCAUGACCGGUGUGACCCCUGACAUGAAACUGUUCAACGACGAGUCCUUCGGCCCCAACGUGUCCAUCGUGCGGGUGAAGGAUGCAGCCGACGCCAUUGAGAUCAGCAACGGUUCGGGCUUUGGGCUCAGCUCCAGUAUCUUCACCAACGACAUCAUGGAAGGCCUCGCGAUCGCCAAGCUCCUCGAGACGGGUGCAGUGCACCUCAACUCCGGCUCUGUCCACGACGAGCCCACCAUUCCUCACGGCGGUCACAAGAACUCUGGUCACGGACGUUUCAAUGGCGCAUACGCCAUUCAGUCCUUCACCCAGACGAAGACUGUCCGUUUCGGCAACCUGGGUGCUAUCCCCCUCCACAUUCUCAAGAACUAG